AUGUCGACCAACGGGUUGGGAUCGGAGAUGGUCCAUAGGGAUCAAUUGCAUCUUUUGUCUCUAGAAGAGAAAAUAUCGCUUCUUUCGGGUAUCAGCUUUACCAGUACUGCAGGCGUGAAACGACUCGGCAUCCCAUCAUUGAAAGUCAGCGAUUCAAUCAAUGGUGUUCGCGGCUCACAGUCGCAUCUCGAUGAUACCGGAACUGCAUGUUUUCCAAGCUCCACCUGCCUCGCGUCAACAUGGAACACGAGUUUGAUGCGGGAGUUUGGCGAGGAAGUUGCCUUCCAAGCCAAAGCAAAAUCCGUACAAGUCGUUCUGGGCCCUAACAUCAACCUUCACCGAGAUCCGCGAGCCGGUCGCAACUUUGAAGCUUUCAGUGAGGACCCUCUACUCACCGGUCACCUGGCUGCAGCUAUCAUCAACGGAAUUCAGUCACAGGGAGUGGGUGCCUGUGUGAAGCAUUUCGUCGCGAAUGAGAGUGAGACAGUACGCAGGCGCUACAAUGUCGACGAGUCGGGCAACAACAGAACGAUGCGCGAAGUAUAUUUGCGAGCAUUUCAGUACUUGCUCCGUCAAGCCAACCCAGUUGCGAUCAUGACAGCGUAUAACGCUCUCGAUGGCCAUUUUUGCAGCCAGACUCCACUGGUCAACAAUUUGCUCCGGAAAGACUGGAAGUAUGAUGGGUGCAUCAUGUCUGAUUGGUAUGGUACCAAGAGCACAACGGAAGCACUAAAUGCGGGUCUUGACUUGGAGAUGCCGGGACCGUCGGUCUUUCGGGGCGCUAAGCUGUUGGAUGCGAUCAAUAGGAACGAGAUAUCCGAGGAAACGGUUGAUGUGGCCGUGCGGAACGUUUUGACAAUGAUUGAUCGGACCCGUGACAGCCAUAGUGAUAAGGAGGAAGAAUCGGUUAUCUGUGAUCGAACUAGUGCGAUGGCAUUGCGAACUGCAUCUGAAGGCAUUGUUCUUUUGAAAAACGACCAAAAUACCCUUCCUCUGAAAAUGGCGAACAAACCGAAGAUAGCGCUCAUUGGGUCAGCCGCCAUCAAGCCCUCAACCACCGGUGGAGGCAGUGCAUGUGCCAAACCUCAAUAUGUACACACGCCUUUGCAGCACUUCCGCGAUGCGUGUGAAACACCCGAGCAGGUCUCUUUCGCAUACGGAGUCAACCCUCACCAUGUCAUUCCUCUCAUGCCGAUUGAGAUGAUGCAAGCAAGAAAUGGCCUCCCUGGUGUCAACGUUGACUAUUAUCUAGACGCAAGCGAUACGCCUGUUCAUUCUGAGCAAUCUGAACAGCCGAUUGUGGUGAUGCUUGGUCGGCUGAAGCCUAACCUUACCCAAAAAGGAUUUUACUAUGUCAUUGAAACAAAUGUCACAGUAAAGGCAAGCGGACUUCACAAACUGGCUGUACAAGCCACAGGAGAAUUCACAUUAUCUGUGGAUGGUGUUGAAAUACUCUCAAAGCCUGCCCCAGUUAUGACAGUCGAGGAUUUCCUGUUUGAACCUAAGAAACUGGAAAGCGUGGUCGAAUUUGAAAUGGAGGCACAAAGGUCGUAUAGAGUUACGCUUCGGACACAUUCACGCGAUAUUGAACCGGCGCACGGUGAGAUUUCGCCUCAUUCAGCAAAGUUGUGCUUUGAGGAAGAGCGGAACGACCGUCUCGCCAUCGCCGAGGCGGUCACAAUUGCAGCUCGCUCAGAUGUAAGCGUGAUAGUCGCUGGUCGAACAUAUGAGCAUGAAUCCGAAGGAUUCGAUCUGCAAACCUUGAAACUCCCGGAAAGUCAAGUGCGAAUGAUCAAAGCUGUCACCAGCGUUUCCGAGAAGACAAUCCUUGUUUUGCACUGUGGCAAUCCGAUCGAUGUCUCAGAAUUUGUUGAGGAUGUCGAUGCAGUCGUCGCAGCUCACUUCCCUGGGCAGGAAGGGGCGCAGGCUAUUUGCGACAUAGUCACUGGGAAGACAAACCCAAGUGGAAGACUCGCCACCACUUGGCCCUUGCGUCUGGAUGAGGCUUCCGUUCCAUCAUUUGGAAAUUUCCCCGCAAAGGAUGUUGGUAAUGGCCCUACGAUUCGCUACCGUGAGGGUCUACAGAUGGGCUAUAGAUCUCCCAAGACCAAAUCUUCUGCUCGUUGGCCUUUCGGACAUGGUUUGUCUUACUCUUCCUUUGAGUAUGAUAACCUGGAAGUGAUUUCCCACGAAAGCAUCAAGACUAGCAUGUCGGAUCACUCCCCUCUAACAACCGUCACGAUUGCUGUUGAUGUCAAGAACAUCAGUGAUGUUGCAGGUUAUGAGGUUAUUCAAGUCUACAGUAACCCUCCAGCGGACUGCGUGAUCUGGAGACCCCAUUCUGAGCUGAUUUCGUUUACCAAGGUCUGGCUUGAGCCAAAAGAAAAGAGAAGGAUUGGUCUUUCAGUCUCCCAGCGAGACGUCAGCGGCUAUUGGGAUAGCUUGGAUGGAUGCUGGCGAUCCCUCAAUGGCACUUACAAGUUUACUAUUGGGACAUGUGCAACUUCUCUGCGCAUUAAUGACAUGGGGACGUGGAAUGGGUUGUGA